GUACGUGCGAGACAAACCGAAUAAACCGUAGCUUCCCGAAUCAACGCAGUGGGCUUGAAUUUGCAUUUCACGUUUUCCUCUUGUGAAAAAAGGCCGCAUUUCGAAUCGGUUCACGGAAUAUACAAAUUUCGGAGUUAAAAUCAACAAAGAAGAUAAGAUGUCGAAUUUUGUUGUGCGAACAUUCAAGAGUUACCCUGAGUUGGUUCCUCUAGCUUCGUUCAUCGGUUUGGCGGUGGGUGGAGGAAUUGUUUCAAUAGUCUACUCCAUCUUUACAAAAUCCGAUGUCAUCGUCAACAAGAACAAAGAGACUCCUCCAUGGGAAUUGAUCAAAGGCGACCAGGACAGGAAGCUCUUCACCAUCAACCAGAAAUACAAAGAAAUUCCCGAAUUGGAGGAGCUGAAGAAAGACAUAGGAAGCUACAAGUAUUAGAAGAAAAAAACAACACACUGAAGAAAUCAUAUCAAGGGAAGACAACUCGUCCUUAACUGUCGAUCAAGAUGUGAUCUGUAAAUUAUGUGAUACUGUAAAACUAUUCUUGGUGGAAUUAUGAUAUUCAUGGUCGCCAUGCUUCGGUGUUUAAACAAAACUGUAGACACAACUGCAUCAUUUUCUUGUGUUUUUUAUUGACAACAGUGUAAUAUAAUCGGUGUUAGGACAUAGACCAUUAAAACUACAGCAAUGUCUUUCCACAAAACAUUCGUUAGAUCUGUGAUUACAAAUAGAAGGAUCGGGCGCGUGUACAGGAAUUUAUGCAGAGGGUCAGGUCAGGUCAAAGGGUUUAAUAUGCAUAUUUAGAACAAGCUGUUGUAGUGCACACCUAUCAUGAGCAGGGGGUGUCUAGACUUGCUUUCAUUUAUUCUUUUUUAAUUUUGACGUCGGCUAACAAAAGGGGAUUUCAUGCCCGCUCAGCACCCACCCCUGGAUCCGCGCAUUUCGAGACUGGCGAGCGAAGGGUGGGUGGGGGGAAGGUUUCGGGAAAUGUUCAGAAAAUACAUUUAAAACAAAAGAAAGAAAAUUCGCUUGAAAAAAGGGGGGGGGGGAGGGGGAGUGGACUACAGAACCACCUCCCCACCCAUUCCACCCUGUACACGCGCCUGAGGAUCUCUACUAUUUAAAUACUACCGGUGGCGGAUUCAGAAAAUCCAUUUGGGGUGGGGGUUGGUAAUGACAUGUUCUGGAAGGGAUUCCUCGGAUUUUACUAUGUAAAAAAAAAAAAAAUUAAACAAAAUUGACUGACUGAAGUGUUUCUAAAUCUGGAUGGCAUAUUUUACUAAUACAGUGUUUUAAAAAAAUGCGAGUAACAAAACGACUAAUGGCGGUGUUGUUCUACGUAAUGCGAUUGUAAACACGUGUGAACUAUUCGCAAACCUGUUGGAUGGUAUGCAGUUCUCUGGAUUAUAUGUGUGUGAAUUGGAUGUGUAUUUUGGUCUCUCAUAAAGUAUUUAAUUGUG